ACUGCACAGCGAGGAAGCAGGAAGUCCUGGGCCCACCUCUGUGAGCCAGAAAGCUUCAGCACAGUAAGCGUGCAGAAGAGGGAACAGACAGGGGCCGCAGGAUGGAGUCCGUGGCCCUGUACAGCUUCCAGGCCACAGAGAGUGAUGAGCUGGCCUUCAACAAGGGGGACACACUCAAGAUCCUGAACAUGGAGGAUGACCAGAACUGGUAUAAGGCCGAACUUCAGGGUGCUGAAGGCUUCAUCCCCAAGAACUACAUCCGGGUCAAACCUCACCCGUGGUACUCGGGCAGGAUUUCCCGGCAGCUGGCAGAAGAAAUCCUGAUGAAGCGAAACCACCUGGGGGCCUUUCUGAUCCGGGAGAGCGAGAGCUCCCCUGGGGAGUUCUCCAUCUCUGUGAACUAUGGAGACCAGGUGCAGCAUUUCAAGGUGCUACGGGAGGCCUCGGGGAAGUACUUCCUAUGGGAGGAGAAAUUCAACUCCAUCAACGAGCUGAUUGACUUCUACCGCACCACCACCAUCGCCAAGAAGCGGCAGAUCUUCUUGCGGGAUGAGGACCCCCUGCUUGAGUCCUCUCAGGCCUGCUUUGCCCAGGCCCGGUUUGACUUCUCGGCCCAGGACCCUUCGCAGAUCAGCUUCUGUCGCGGCGACAUCAUCGAGGUCUUGGAGCGUGUGGACCCCCACUGGUGGCGGGGCAAGCUCUGUGGGCACGUCGGCUUCUUUCCGAGGAGCUAUGUGCACCCUGUACAUCUGUGACAGGGGACAUCUGGGCAGACUCAGGCACCCACCCCUUGGGUCCCUGUCACAGGCGAGACGGGGGCAUGGAGGGAGCUGUGAACAGUCCACCUGCCUGGGUCCCCCAGGGCUCAGCCGGGAAUUGGACCGGUUGCAGGGUAUUGACUCCCAGCCACUUCACUACAGACCCCCACCCUUCAACAUGACCCACCAGACCGGGGCAGCUCCCCAGGACCUCCUGGCAGCUCCCUGCAGGCCCCAGGUGUGUGAGUUCGGGGAUGGGCAGGAAGGACCCUGACCACAUCCUGUCAACGGCUGAAGACGCUGAGAGGGACGUCCUACAGGCUCCACCCAGAGAGUCCUGGGCUGGGCAGUGGGUUCUUCACGGGGUGACCACUCACUGAGCUUGCCUGACCCCCCCAUCAAAGGGCCCCUUGAAUUGUGCAGAUGCAGGUCACCCUUGGGGGCUGCAGAGCAAUCCAUUUUCACUCACUUGUCAGCUUCCAGGUGGGGCUGGGUUUCUCAGCAGCCCCCCAGCUCUGGACUACACCUCCCCCCACCCCCAUGGCAUACACUUGGGAGCUGCUGGAGGCCCCAUUAUGAAGCCCUGCCCCCCACCAUCCUGCCCCUAAGGGGGCUCUGAGGGGGAAUGCCCCUCCACCCAACUACACAGAGAACCAGGGUUACAGGGGUGCUUGUUCGCUGGUAGCCUGAGGGGAGCCGUGGGGAGCAGACAGAGCUGAUUGCAGGGGUCCCCCAGGAUCAGAGAGGCACGCUAUUCCAAGUGUGGGCAGAGCCGGGGGUGGGGGAGGAGGGGUUCCGAUGGCACGUGCCACCAGCAGGACAGGGAGGAGCAGGGUCUGCCUGAGUCUGGGCACCCCUGAAACCAGAGAUGGAGGUGGGAUGUACCCAAGGCUUUUCACCAGGCCACCAGGGAGGUCCUAGGAGCCCACAGAGGAAGGGAAGGAGGAGCAAGGGGGCGCUGGGAAAGGUGAGGGGUUGCUCUGGCAGCAAGCUGGCUGGCAGGCAGAGCUACUGCAGUUGCUUGAGGGGGCCCCUGUGGUGUGGGUUGUCUCCUGGUCUCUGUCAUCCUCCCUCAUUCCAGCCCCAGCAGCUGCAGCCUUCCAGCUGGUUCAAGGCCCUGAGAGCCCUAGGAGAUGAGCUCUUUCCGCCCCGGGCCCAAGUAUCCAAAUACAAGCAAAACAAAUGAAAGGCUA